CGUGAUACCCAUUUGGGCUGCCGCGGACGCGCUACGCGACGUAGCCUUGGACUUGCAAUUGCAUCGUUUCAAGUUUGAAUCAUCAAACACUACACUAUCAUUCAUUGGUUUCGCUAGCCAAGUCAGCAUGUCCACCCUCUUUAGCCUAAAGAACAAUCAGUCUCGGACGUUCAAGCCUAAAAAGGUCCCCGAGGGGUCCAAGCAGUGGCAACUCAAACAGUAUGCUCAGCAAACACUGGGCUCAGGCAAUCUUCGGAAGGCUGUUCAGUUACCGGAAGGAGAGGACUCGCAGGAGUGGAUUGCAGUUCACGUGGUCGACUUUUUCAACCAUGUUAACAUGCUCUAUGGAACUAUCUCAGAGUUCUGUACCCCUUCAGAGUGCCCGAUCAUGAACGCUGGACCCAAAUACGAAUACUUUUGGGAAGACGGCGAGACUUACAAGAAGCCGACACACCUCUCCGCUCCAGCUUAUGUUGAGGCGCUCAUGUCUUGGACUCAAUCCAUCCUGGAUGACGAGAAGCAUUUCCCUCAGAAGAUUGGCGUCAAAUUCCCUUCCACUUUUAUGACAACAGCCAAGACGAUUCUCAGACGUCUCUUCCGAGUGUAUGCACACAUAUAUCACUCCCACUUCGACCAGAUCUGCGCGCUUGGCAUUGAGGCCCACCUGAACACGAACUACCGUCACUUUCUGCUCUUUGUCGAUGAGUUCUCCCUGCUGUCUGAGAAGGAUCUCGUACCACUGGAAGACUUCAACAAGACAAUCUUGGAGGAGACAUCCAGCAAAUAGACCCUUCACUGUAUCUCGAGUAUCAAUUCAUCCCUUGUACAAGUAAUGUAGAUAUGAUG